AUGAAACUCUCCUGCCUCGUCGCGAUACUGGGAUUUGUCGCCUCGGGCGACGCUGCUCCCAAGAAGGGCAGCAAAAUCCCCGAAUCCCCGAACAGCGUCCCUGAUCUGUCAAGUUACAAACUCACAGCGACUCUCCCCAUCACCUAUUUCCCGCCUCCAUAUACAUGGCCCGACUACGCGCCAAGCUUAACAAUCUACCUCCAUCCGCCGCAGCACUGGGGAUUCUCAAACGUGUCGACGACUGUUCCACUGGCGCCGGUUCUGGACACUGGUACGAAUGGUUUACUAUUGGACGCUCUGGACCUGAACAUUACCAAUGAUACUCUGGCAGAAUAUGAGCCUGGAUACCAGUAUCUCUCGUCCUCAACAAAGUUAUAUCGCGGCGCCUGGGUCCCAUUCAGACUUGACUUUGCUGAUUCAUCCGGCGAACCUGUCAACGUCUCGGCGGAGGUUCCUGUGCUCAUUGUGAACGAGACGCUUCUGUGCGCAGGGUACGAGACGAAAUGGAAAGCAGAUUGCCCGGAAGAGAACACGAGUAACCAUGAUAUGAACCCGCGCGGCACACGAUGGUGGGGUGUCGGCUUCGGUCGUGAAGCAGACGGACAGUCACAAGGAACACCGGACAAGAAUGCGCUGUUGAACAUAGUAAGCAUCAACGGCGUGAAUGUUUCCGCUUCAGACUACUACAGAGUGGGAUACAGCUUGCGAAAGGAUGGCGUGGUGGUCGGUUUGACGGAGGAAAACACGCGAGACUAUACCUGGACGAAGCUGGAGUUGCAAAAGGGCUUCUCUAAAGACCCGCGCGAUUGGAGAAACGUCACCGGCUGCGUGAGCAUUGACGGCGGUACCUGUCGAUUAUCGAAUAUCCUCGUCGAUACAGGCGUGACGCUAUCCUAUCUUUCCACCGCUGAUAAAGAAGUCCGCCUGGUUUCGUCAAGCAGCACCUCCAGAGCAAAGAUCUUGGAUGCGGACCAGCAUAUACUGGUUCGGUUUGGUAUAGAGCCUGGAUAUGAAGGGAUCCAAUACAAUUUCACCACCGGAAGCAACAGCGGCUUGGAGCCGGACGAAGUGAGGACAAAGUUGGUGAAGUAUGGCUUGGAAGAGAAGAUCAACACAGGAGUUCACUACUACCGCGAGUGGGAGACUGCCUUUGAUGCAGACGGCGGCUAUUGGGGAGUGAAGUAUGUCGGGCCAUCAUAA